AGCUUUCUUCGCUCGAUACCGGCAGCAGUCCGGCGCCACGGGGGAGGAAUGGGCCUCGCGAGCCACGCCCGCUGGGCGCGGUGCCGUGCGGCGCGGGUGUCGCCGUGGGCUCGAAGGAUGAACCUCAGCGCGUUCGGCAGCAAGAGGUGGCACGGCAUCGCGGCGGCCCAGCCUGCCCAGCUCCUGUGCGCCGAGGUGCGGCCUGCGCUCUGCUUCCCCGAGCAGAGCUGCGGAGCUGGCAGCUCCGGCACGGCUCCCGGCGCCCGCGGGGAGGGCGGCGCGGACCCGAGCGAGAUCCGCCUGCAGGAGGACAUGCCCGACCUGACCCUGGGCGCUGCCCACCCUGGGCCCAGCACCGCCGAGCUGGCGGCAACGGGGGAGGGGGUGGCCAGCCUGCCCCGGGGCCCGCCCCCUCUCGCUUCCCCCCCCCCUCGCUCGCCGCCGACCCAGGGCCUGCCGAAGGGCUCGGCCUCCGCGCCCACUGGGCUGCCCCUGCCUUGGAAGCAAGACGCCCCACCGCAGGCUGAGCUUAGCUGCCUCGACACGCCCGUUUUGAUACAGUCGGGGCGCUGAAGAAGGAAACCUUUUCGUUGGGGAGGGGC